UGAGCCAUGUAGGGACCCCUGCUGCUGGGAUGUCCUCCUGGGAGCUGGUGGAAUCCUAGGGUACUCAGGAUGUCCGGAUCCAUCCAUUCCUCCUCUCAGUGAGCUCACACUCUCCUUCGCUGCCCCUCGUCAGAGGUGUGGGGUUGGAAGAAUUUGGCCUUAGGCAGGGGCUAAAGCUGAUAGCUCUGUGGUUUUAAGGAAAGUUCUAAAGACUUUCUUGCUAAUGGUAUUUGUACAAUAAAAAUCUGUUUUAGUUGUUUAUGAUAUUAGUCAUUGAAGAUUUAUCUGCUUUGGGAGAAAUUUCUCCGGAACCACUGAAAGUUCCUGCCCAAGAGUUGAUGAAGAUAUUUUCCCCUCCAGUAGCUACCCCCUUCUUUGGCUUCCCCCACUUCAAACCUGCUACAGGAUGAACGGUGUCCUCUCCGGAAGAUCCCUGUUUGCACAACCUCUCCGAUUGUGCUUUUAUUUCCAGCAGAUCCUAUAGUCUCACUAAUCAGCUGGAAAGAAAUAGGGUGAUGGAAGGUGCAGGAAGCAGAGGCCUUUCUGAGGCCUAAGGAGGUUUGUUCCAGUUAUGGCCUGUGCUCAAAAUGCUGAGUCACCUUGGUUAGUGCUCAGAGCUCUGAUGGACGGACCCUGCCUCUCCUCUCCUCAAGGUUCCUGUGGAGACCUUUGAUUCAAGGCUGUUUGUGCUGGUGGAAUCUGGCCUAAGGAGAGCCAUGGGUAUUCUGACGCCUCUCACAAUCUCCCAUCUCUGAAAGAGUCACGGUUGCUCUCCCCUAAUCUCCAAGACGGAGUGUGUUUUGCCUUUAACCUCUAGCCUUAGCCAGACCUGCUAUGUGCAUUUCAGAAUCCGUGUAUAUUUUAGGAAGAUAAGAAGGCCUGCAGAAGAUUUGGCCAUUGCUUCUUUAGCACCUUUUUCUGUCUUUUUCUGGGGUGGGGGAGUGGAGGUGCUCCUUUAAAAUUUUGCAGACACCGGGGUUCCUGCUCUUUUUCAUCACCACGUGCCCCCUCUGCCCCGGCCCCGUGAUCAGCACGUACGUUAGCCAGGACUGUAGGAGGAAUUGGGACUCUUGGAGUAAGGAAUGGUGCAAAAGCUGGACCAAAAACUUCCAGUGGCCAAUGAGUACCUGUUGCUCUCUGGGGGAGUCCGGGAAGGCGUGGUGGACCUGGACUUAGAUGAGCUUAACGUGUAUGCCCGAGGGACAGACUAUGAUAUGGACUUCACUCUUCUGGUGCCAGCCCUUAAGCUACAUGACCGUAAUCAGCCUGUGACACUCGAUAUGCGCCACUCAGCCCUGUGCCACUCUUGGCUGAGCCUCCGGCUCUUUGAUGAGGGGACAAUCAGUAAGUGGAAAGACUGCUGCACCAUCGUGGAUCACAUCAAUGGUGCCACCAAUUACUUCUUCUCCCCAACCAAAGUGGCCGACUGGUUCUAUGACUCCAUCAGCAUUGUCCUGUCAGAGAUCCAGAAGAAACCCCAGCGAGGGAUGCCCAAGGUGGAAAAGGUAGAAAAGAACGGGACCAUCAUCUCCAUCAUCCUGGGCGUGGGGAGCAGUCGCAUGUUGUAUGAUAUUGUCCCUGUCGUCUCUUUCAAAGGCUGGCCCGCUGUGGCCCAGAGCUGGCUCAUGGAGAACCACUUUUGGGAUGGGAAGAUCACCGAGGAAGAGGUCAUCAGUGGGUUUUACUUGGUGCCUGCUUGCUCCUACAAGGGCAAGAAGGACAAUGAGUGGCGGCUGUCCUUCGCCAGGAGCGAGGUACAGCUGAAGAAAUGCAUCUCUGGUAGCCUCAUGCAGGCCUACCAGGCCUGCAAAGCCAUCAUCAUUAAACUCCUGUCCCGGCCCAAGGCGAUCAGCCCCUAUCACCUGCGGAGCAUGAUGCUUUGGGCCUGUGACAGACUUCCUGCUAACUACUUGGCCCAAGAAGACUAUGCAGCCCACUUUUUGCUGGGACUCAUUGAUGACCUACAACACUGUCUGGUCAACAAGAUGUGCCCCAAUUAUUUCAUCCCUCAGUGCAACAUGCUGGAGCACCUGUCGGAGGAGACCGUGAUGCUCCACGCGCGGAAGCUCUCCUCCGUGCGCUCAGACCCGGCCGAGCACCUGCGCACCGCCAUCGAGCACGUCAAGGCGGCCAACCGGCUGACGCUGGAGCUGCAGAGGCGGGGGAGCACCACCAGCAUCCCCUCCCCGCAGUCCGACGGAGGGGACCCCAACCAGCCCGACGACCGUUUGGCGAAAAAACUGCAGCAGCUGGUGACUGAGAACCCGGGGAAGUCCAUCUCUGUCUUUAUUAACCCUGAUGAUGUCACGAGGCCCCAUUUCAGAAUCGAUGAUAAAUUUUUCUGAGCAUUCUGCUGCCUUUUUUCUUUUUCUUUCUUUUUUUUUUUUUUUUCUUUUCCCGGGUUCUAAAACUCUCAUAAUGUGUAGUGUGGUUUGUGAUGCUGACUUGCCGUUUUUUACAUAUCCAGCCUAGAUUGGAUCUGUUAAGAACACGUUUUAAGUUUCCUGGUUCUGCAGGACGGUGCAGGCUCUGAAACAGUAUAUUACUAUUUCAUACUCUGCCUCUGAUUUGGUUGUUUACUCUUUGUAGUUAUUGUCACAUUGUUUUUGGUUCGGGUUUGUUUUGGGGUUUUUUGUUUGUUUUUUUAAGGAGAACUUGAGCCAUAGAUGAAAUGCCCAUGAAUUCUCUUGCUUUUUACUGUUUCAUGCUUUGUGUAAAUUUGUUAAUGAGCGUAGGGCAACAGAUACCUUUCUGAUGCUUCAGGAUGCUAUUUUUUUUUUGUCUUUUUUUUUUUUUAAUUUUUUUCAAUGAGCUUUCAUCACUACAGAUAUUUGAGAAUCAUCUGAACCUGGAAACUACCUGGUAUGUUAGCUGGAUUUAUUUCUUUUGACCAGCGACCAGAGUAGUUUCCCUCUUUCCACCAAACAAUGUAGACUUUGAAAGUGAUAAUGCUACCAGUUGUGUUUUGGAGCAACUUCAUUGAAUGUAAUUUUCCUCAGAUCAGAACUUUGGAUGGUUUGGAGGCUGUGUUUGACAACUCUCCAAACAGAAUUAAGGUUUCCAAAUGGUAGUUUUAGUGUGUGUAAUUAUUUGAAGCCUUAUUUAAAUCCUAUUAAAGAACAUACCAUUAUAAUUGUUAUUUGCACUAAUGAAAUCUUGGCCAUUGUCAGAGUUUCCGAUGUAUGUGUUUCAAUAUAAAUUGACAUCCACUGUUGAAAUGCUAUCUUUUUUUUUUUAGCCCAUUUUUCUCAAUCAAUAGAAUGAUUAUUUGCAUUUGUUUUGUUCUCCUUUAAUUGUGGGGUCCUGUUUUUUGCCCUCUUUGAUAUUCCUGGUUCCUGUCUCACUGAGAGAGGUUUGCAAAGCUUUACACCUGCUAAAUGACCAUCUGAAGCCGGAGAAAAUAUAUACUUGAUAGAGUAGUUGUCUUUGUAUGUACUGCUUUGGGGGUUAUAGAGGUAAGCUUUUUAUGUAACGUCUCUUUGCUUCUACUGGGAGUUGUGGGGAAAACUGGCAGAAAGAAUUUAUAAUCCCCAACAGAAGAUAGCAUGCCUAUUCAAAAGCAGGUGUUCUACAGAGCAGGAACGAGGGCAUAUCUGUGAGUGGUAGCUUCGUGUAGAGGUGUCUUCUCUUCAUGAGUGAAGUCGUUUGCCAUGUUUAGGUGCCGCAAGGCAUUGGCUCCUUGUUCUGGUAUGGACUCAUGGCAAACGGUGUUUGAAAGGUCAGGGGCCCUGCUGAUGUCUCAAAGGAUGACCAUGAUAUCUACUAUUGGAAAGGUCAAGCAACAUUUUGGAUUUGAUCUCGAAUGUCCAGACUCACAGGUUGGAAUUUGGCCAAUUGAAAUCCGGCAUAUGCGGUCUUGGGUUUUUGCAUGGGAAUUAAUGUAAUGCUUAUAACUGAAAAUGAAGUCAUUCAACCAUCUUAAGUCAAACACAAAAUAAUAAAAGAAACAUACUGGCCUUGGAAUUUUGUUGUUGUUGCUGUUGUUAGUUUGUGAUCCAGAAACUAUUUUCUUGUUAGUGAAACCAAUAAUCAUUUUCAGUAAAUACAAUGCUGGGUUUGCUGUUGUCUUUCAGUAGCAUCCAGUGUUAUUUGUAGUGAACCUCCAGUAUUCCUUUGUCCAUUUCCCCAGUUUUCCUCUGAGUAUCUACCUAUCCUCCACAUGAUCUAUGUCCUUCUCAUGAAAUGACUCCAUUCCCAGAGACGUGGUAUGAACUGAUUGACAUAACCAUUUCCUUAGCCACAGUGAUUAGCUAGGGAUUCAUCAUAUAACAUGAGCUGUUCCGGUCAGGGACGUGCUCAGGAUUCUGGCUUGGAAAGCUGGGGAAGAUGCAGGUCUCUGGAUGUGGAAGACGAAGCACUUGGCCUCUGUCACCCUGAAAUCUAUCUUGACUGGAGCCAGUGUGAGGAUGAAACUGACAUUGUGCGAUACUAUGGAGAGAAGAGAAAGAAAACCAUGAGCCAUC